UGAACUCAUUAAAUUAUGUGGAAAAUGUUUUUUAAAGCGUUUAAGAAAACAUCAAAGUGUCCCAUUGGCAAAAACGUGCCUAGCAUUGACUGAUAACACAUACAAAACGAUUAUUUUCAUUUAAAUUUUAAAUGUAUUGAUACGUGGUUUCAAGAUGUUGUAUUUCUAUUUUGAUUAAUAGUCUACGUGCAUUGAUAAUAAUUAAACGUAACUAUGAAAAUACGGAAUUUAGAUUUCUAUAUUUCUUGAUCCCUAAUUAUAAAAGUCAUAUGUUUUUCAAAAAAAGUUUUUACCAGUAAUCAGAACAUCCAAUCGCUCACGCUGCUGCUGUCAUACAUCUAUCACAACUUUAAAUAACAUCCGCACUCACGCUCCUCAAAAGGAAGUUCACAAAGGUGUCACAUUUUGAAGAUUUCGGAAUACAUAGUUUGAGAUAAGAAAUAUUUUGGUGUAUGAUAAUACUUCAUAAUGAGAUGUUUCUGUUUACUUAAACCGUAUAUAAUUUGCACAAUAGACUUAAGAGUGCACAUGCGUGAUCUUGAAUAAGAUCUGAAAUAAGAUCAAUAGGCGAAAGCAAAAAAUAUUUCAAUACAGAAAUAGGACAAUGACAUUGGUAAAUUAAUCACCAAGCAGUAGUCAUUAACAAUUUAUUAUAUCCACUAAACAGUAACAGUCCCCAAAGCGAAGAAGGUGAAGUGUAUGAAUACGACUCGGUGGGUCGUAUGUUCGUUUUGCGGCAUCAAACAAUCUUGUUGUUAAGUAAUCGUCGAUGAACAGCCAAUGUCAAAUAUUCAAAAUACAAAAUAUGAGGAAGUUUUCUAAAAACCAGCAAAUGUUUCCUUUGCCAAGAUGACUUUCUAUAUCAAACCCUAAAUAUACGAGAAUGUUGGCCAAACAUCCGCCAAAGUUGUAAUGCUUCAGUUUUAUUAUUAAUAAAAACUAAAACCGGGCUUAUCACUCUAUGAUGUACAUACACACAUUAAAGAUCCGUUUGUUAAUAAAAAAAAAGUACAAUUUUCAUUCAAAUUCGGAAAGAGCUGAUAAUUUCUAUAAAAAUUUAUAUAUAAUUAUAAGGACGGUAUAUAAAUGAUAGGAUGAUAAGCAUAACGCUUCAGUCUGUUUUGGAGCUAACUCAGAGUAAGUUGAUGUCAAAAGUUUCAAAUUAUCAUACGAAUUGAUUUUUCGAAAACAAUGGAAGAAGAAACUAAAAGUGAAACCUUCUGUAUAUUUUUAAAUUCAAAUUACUUGUAAUACAAAUAUCUAAAACUACAAACUUAAAUGAAACUUAAGAACGAAAAAGAAAAGAACAUUUUAGUUGUGAAGUAGAAGUAACCGGAUGUGUGUAAAAUUCCAAUUUCCAUUUGAAAACAAUAUUCUUUUGUGAUAUAUGAGUAUAAGUAGAAAUUUGACUGUAGUGGGCUUUUUAAUAUACUCAAUCGAAUAUUUUAAACAUUACAAAUUUGUAUAAUGUAAUGGCAUGAUUUACAUAUAAAUUUUGUAUUACUAUUUAACAACAAAGUUUUUAUUGACAAUAGCGUUUUAGGCAAUAUGGUGUUAAUACCAAAUAUUUGCAACUCUAAAGCGGUAUCGGAAAACUCGAUUUUAAAAUUAUCGUCUUUAAGUAGAAAAAGUAAACUUAUCAUCUUCAAAAUACUUUGUUUAGGCAGUUUCUGUAUUUUUGCUUUUGCUGGAAGAAAACCAACAAAAGUAACAAACGACGAAAAGCACGAAUAAAAACAAAGUAGAUGAUUAAAUGCGGAUAGCUAUCACCAAGGGAAAUUACAUAUACAACUUUUAACCUCCGCCGGCAAGUCUUGGCAGUCUGCUUCGUAGCCUACAGCAAUAUUCGGAAUAGUAGCGAUAACGAACAUCGCUGCCGUCUUCACCGCUCCUGCUGUUGAUGGUCUGCUUUUUGCUAUAUAAAUUCUGAGAGUAGCAAAUAGGUAUCGCUCUUUUUCUACCCAACCGUCAAGAAGUGCGGACGUGUUUUCUGCUUCUGGCCGAAUUGAUCGCAAUUUUGUGUUGUAGAAUUGUGUGUGUGUGACAACCAACUAAAACAUUUCCCCUCAUACAAUCGUAAAAAGUUACUUGGAAUCAACAAGAUGCCACUAUCAUCAGCUGCGACAAAUGGUCACUCCAAUGGCUGCAAUGGAAAGACAACCGAUUCCUAUGACAUGGAGGAUGGACAGACAUUCCUAUUUACUUCCGAAUCAGUAGGCGAGGGACAUCCCGAUAAAAUGUGCGAUCAAAUCAGUGACGCUAUUUUGGAUGCACACUUGUCGCAGGAUCCCAACGCAAAAGUGGCUUGUGAAACCGUUGCCAAGACCGGUAUGAUUUUGCUGUGCGGAGAAAUUACAUCGCAGGCCGUGAUCGACUAUCAAAAGGUCGUGCGUGACACAGUCAAACACAUUGGCUACGACGACUCAUCGAAAGGUUUCGAUUGGAAAACAUGUAAUUUACUUGUUGCAAUCGAGCAACAAUCACCCGAUAUUGCCAACGGUGUACAUGUCGAUCGCGACGAAGAAGACUUAGGCGCUGGUGACCAGGGUAUCAUGUUUGGCUAUGCCACCGAUGAGACCGAGGAAUGCAUGCCCUUAACUGUGGUGUUGGCACACAAAUUGAAUGAGAAAUUGGCCGAGCUUCGUCGUUCGGGCGAGUUCAGUUGGGCGCGUCCCGAUUCAAAGACACAGGUCACUUGCGAGUAUCUCUUCAACCAGGGUGCCGCUGUGCCGAAGCGUGUGCACACCAUUGUCGUCUCCAUGCAGCAUUCGGAGAAGAUCGCUUUGGAGGAUUUGCGCAAAGAAGUCAUGAAUAAGGUCAUCAAAGAAGUCAUUCCAGCCAAAUAUUUCGAUGAGAACACAAUUGUGCAUAUAAAUCCGUGCGGACUUUUCGUAAUUGGCGGACCGAUGGGUGAUGCCGGUUUGACCGGACGCAAAAUUAUCGUCGACACUUAUGGUGGUUGGGGCGCACAUGGCGGUGGUGCCUUUUCGGGCAAAGAUUUUACAAAAGUAGACAGAUCGGCUGCAUAUGCUGCGCGUUGGGUAGCCAAAUCGCUGGUAAAAGCGGGACUUUGCAGACGUUGCUUGGUGCAAGUUUCGUAUGCUAUCGGUUUGGCAGAGCCACUUUCAAUUACCGUCUUCGAUUAUGGCACCUCUCACAAGUCACAAAAAGAAUUGCUCGAUAUUGUUAAGCGUAAUUUCGAUUUGCGACCGGGCAUGAUUGUCAAAGACUUGAAACUCAGACAGCCAAUCUACCAGCGCACAAGCACUUAUGGACACUUUGGACGUGACGGUUUCACGUGGGAACAGGCAAAGCCGCUGCAGAUCAAUUGACUAGACGCCGGUGCUGAUCAGCUAACACAGCCACCGUGUGCUAAAAAGUGUAAAGUUGCGUAAUUAUUAGUUGUUAAUUUAAUUAUUUUCAUUUUAAUUGGCUUUUUCCUUCUCUCAUGUGUGUGCGCAUGAGAGAAAUCAAUUGCAAAUAAUUACAAAAGAGGAAAAUGUGAAGGCAAUUUAGCUAAAAGUGUAUGCAAAUCACCAAAACAAGCGUGAUUUUGCGUGAUUUUGCGUUCCUCUUAACUAUUAAUUAAUAUAAUUUAGUUUUAGCUGUCUAAAAUUAACCGGAAUAUGAAACGAAAUAUCCCAAUUCAAGUUCUCUUCACACGUGUCAACCGUUUUAAUGUAAUUUGUUUAUCAACAUUUUUGUAUUCGAUGUUAGCAAAAUGUUAUUUUCAAUUUGUGUGAUGUAAAAUGAUGUGGCGCGUCUGUGAGAGUUUCUAUAGUAUACCAGUAUAUGUUGUCAAUCCUACGUAAUUUGUAGUACGCGUAACCCAAAAAAAAAAAAUUGUUCGAAAUUUUGAAAAAAAUUAUGAUAAAUUAAUACAUAUAUACAAAUUGCAAUAAUGUAACGCUACUUAUUUUUAAACAGAAGCAAAAGCAAAAGCUCUAUCAAAUAAAUCGUAUUUAUUAAAAUUUAAUAAUCAUAAUAAAACUUCAAUAUACCAAUGUGAAACAAUUUUAUUGCCUCUGUAUGCUAAACGUAAGUGCCACGAAUGCAAACGUCAAAGCAAGAAGCUAUACAUUAUAUAAAAAAUAAGACAUUAUGAACAUAACCACAAAUACAUUGAAGCAUUCAAUUAUUUUCACCAUAUGUAAAUGUAAUACAGAGAUGAAAAAAGUAAUUUAAAUAAAUAUCAGAUCAAACAAUAAAAUUUCGUACGAAUGUGUACAACAAAAGGAA